AGGAUAAGAGCUAGAAAGAAGUAUGAUUUGCCUUGUGAGGAUUCUUGAAGAGUUUCAUGCCUGGCUUCAUUUAUAGACCGGACAGAAACGCCAACUUGAGUUUCUACGCGGGGCGAGGAAAUAAGGUACUGGACUGUUGUAUUUGCAGUUGUUACGUGCAACGUUCCGUCUUGUUCAAGAAGAAAACAAAGUGGUGGAAAGGGGGCGGCGGGGAAUUACAUUGUAGCCAAAUUCAAAGAAACAGCCGGCAACGUGCCUGGCAGCAUAUGUCUCUACGUGGCGAUGUGGGAGGAAUGAUCGCAAAAUCCCAGCCCGAUCAUUUGUAAGAUUGAGAAAGCUCCGAAGUCGAGUCACUGGGUGUGAACAAUCUUGGUGAUCGGUGGUCUAUCUUGCAAGGAGCAAAGUGUUUGUUUGAACAAGAUGCUGUUUACUUGGAAGAACACAGCCAGUUACUGCACCGGCAUGAGCUCUCCACAAUAGCUGAGGAGGAUAUUGAAAAGAUUGAAAGAGAAACAGGAAAGGCUCAUUUUGAUGUCCAAUAUCUGCAAGACAUUCACGGAACACACGGGCUUGAAAUGAGAAAUUCAGAAGAAGGAGCAAGUGGGACAGUUCUACAGCGUUUGUUGCAAGAGCAGCUCAGAUAUGGAAACCCCAAUGAGAAUCGAAACCUCCUUGCCUUGCACCAGCAAGCCACAGUAAAUGUCAUUGCCUACAAUAGUAAUGGGUCUGUAGUACCGUCAAAUGAUGGUCUGACACAAGAUGAGCGUCAAGUGGUCCCACAUUCUGCACGACAGGAACCCCAGGGCCAGGAGCUGCAAGUUGACAAUAGUGCCAUGGAGAAACAGCUGCAGACCAGAGCAGCACAAGCACAGAAUAAUGAGGAACUGCCAACUUAUGAAGAAGCGAAGGUCCAGUCACAGUUUUUCAGAGGGCAGCAACAUACAGCAGCAGGAACUGCUUUCUUUGUUACUGGAAUAAAUAACCAGAAGAUGAGAACUGAAGGGCAGUCCACUGUCCAGAGGCUGGGCGCUGGAAAGGUUCACCAAGAUGAUGGACUUAAAGACUUGAAACAAGGUCAUGUUCGUUCUCUCAGUGAACGGCUUAUGCAGCUCUCCUUAGCUACAAGUGGUGUAAAAGCACAAUCUUCAGUUGCAAGUAGUGUAAUUUCGUCCCAACAGGCGAAUGAAUUCUACACACAUGCUGGGCAUGUUUUGUCUCAGACGUCCAUAAAGGGUAUAGACCCUAGGGGGCCUCCACCUGAAUACCCUUACAAAAAUAUGUUGACUUUACCUGUUACUUCCAAGGCUCAGGACUAUGGCAGUUUUUACAGUGACUUUAGACUGGGGGUGACAACAGAGGGUUUAAAGCCUUCCUCAAACUCUCAACAACAGAUUAAGCCAGACGCUCCUGUUAUGAGAUAUCAACCGCCGCCUGAGUAUGGGGCUGUCAGGCAAACUCAAGAGGGGUCAACACAUCAGCAGUUGCAGUUACAGCAGCGAAACUAUCAACACAGCCCAUCAUCAUCUCAGACAUCAAUGGGAUCUACGUCGGUGAUGCAGCCACCACCCUCACCGAAUCUGUUGGCUACUCAACACCAACAGAACCCCCUUGCAGGCCACUUGAAUCAGCAGUUCCAGGGUGACCCACUAGCCAUUGUCUUGCGAGCUCAGCAAAUGGUAGAAAUCUUAUCUGAGGAAAACCGUGCUCUUCGACAGGAGUUGGAGGGAUACUAUGACAAAGUAGCUAAAUUACAGAAGCUGGAGAUGGAAAUUGAGAGGGUUUCAGAAGCUUAUGAAAACCUGGUGAAAUCUUCUUCCAAGAAGGAAACCUUGGAAAAAGCCAUGCGGAACAAGUUGGAAGGUGAAAUCCGCAGACUUUAUGACUUCAACCGAGAUCUAAGAGAUCGACUGGAAACUGCCAACAAACAGCUUGCUGUUAAAGAAUGUGAAGGUUCUGAAGACAGCCGAAAAACUAUUGCUCAGCUCAUUGGGCAAAAUAAAGAAAAUUUAAGAGAGAAGGAGAAGCUGGAAAUGGAGCUCUCUGCUCUCCGUUCUACCAAUGAGGAUCAGAGAAGACACAUUGAAAUCCGGGAUCAAGCUUUGAACAAUACACAAGGGAAAGUGGUCAAAUUGGAGGAGGAGUUGAAGAGGAAGCAGGUGUAUGUGGACAAAGUAGAAAGAAUGCAACAAGCUCUGAUCCAGCUGCAGGCAGCAUGUGAGAAACGGGAGCAGCUUGAACAUCGGCUACGAACCCGACUUGAAAGGGAAUUGGAAUCCCUUCGGAUGCAGCAGCGUCAGGGUACCUCCCAGAGCCCCACUGUCCCUGAGUGUAGUGCCACUUCCUUAAUGGAACUGCUGCGUGAGAAGGAAGAGCGCAUCCUGGCUUUGGAGGCUGACAUGACAAAGUGGGAACAGAAGUAUCUUGAAGAAAGUGUGAUGCGCCAGUUUGCACUGGAUGCUGCAGCUACAGUGGCAGCUCAAAGGGAUACCACAGUUCUCGGCCAUUCUCCAAAUGGUAGCUACGAAACAUCCUUGGAAGCUCGGAUCCAGAAGGAAGAAGAGGAAAUUCUGAUGGCCAAUAGGAGGUGCCUCGACAUGGAAAGCAGGAUUAAGAAUCUCCAUGCUCAAAUUAUUGAGAAAGAUGCUAUGAUCAAAGUUCUCCAACAGAGAUCACGGAGAGAACAAGUCAAAACGGAACAACCAGCUGCUUUAAGACCAUCAAAGUCCCUUGUUUCAAUUUCUAAUGCUACAUCUGGACUUUUGUCUUAUCCCACAUUGCUGUCCAGUAAUCCAAUCAUUGAGGAGAAGAAGGAAGACAAGAGCUGGAAAGGCAGUUUGGGUUUUCUGCUCAGCACAGAUAGGAAUGAAUCUCAUUCUGCCUCCUCUUCACCGGUUCUACCCUCCACACCACUUCUUUCAGCGCAUUCUAAAACAGGAAGCCGGGAUAGCAGCACCCAGACAGAAAGAGGUCCUGAGCAUAACAAAUUGGGCACUGCCUCACCAUCACAAGGAAAGCCAGGCAGUACUAGCCCUGCAAGCAUGGAAAAAACAGACAAUUCUCUUCUAACCAGUACACUCGACAGGAAAGCUCCCCCUUCUCCAUUUGGGCAAGACCUUGCUGAUAAUGAGAUGGUAGAAAUCCUGAUUUAAACUUUUUUCACCAAGGACACAGUAAGCAGGCAAUAAAGGGUGUUGAAAAUACAGAAUCUAAUCAUGUUGAGGUUUGUUGUGAAAAAAAUGCAAAAUGGAUCUCAUUUAUUCUAGCUGAAGCGUGUAUGAAGCUGAAGUACUUCAGGAAGCCACAAAAAUGGACUAAGGAUAUGUAUGCUUUCUACUCACAUUCUUUGAAGCAAUGUUCAUGGAAAGAUAAUGUAUCCAACCAGACCUUCAUAGAACUGUAACAGUACAAACUGUUUCAAGAAGUAUCUGCACUGCCUUAAACAAAACAUUCCAGCUCAAAUUAUUACAUUAACCAUUUAACAAUGGAUGUAUUAUAUACUCAAAACAGAACAGUUUCAUGAUAAGACCACAGGCUGUUAUGUAUUGAAGAGCCACUCUUUGACCAAUAACUUUGUACAAAAGAGAGACAAAUAGCCUUUGAGGUGGGAGCCAGAGUUGUACUGAAUCUCCAACCUCAAUAAAUCUUGGUGGGUUUCCUCUUGUUUUUGUUCAGGAUUACAAAAAAAAACUGGAACAUAUCAUUUCAGACACUCUGGAUUAUAUAUGAAAUUGUUCGUUACUGAUUAGAGUUAAAUCUUCUUUUAUGGCUCGCUAAGUACAGAGACUUUCUUAAAUGAUCACUAACAUCUGUCCUAGUCCUAAGCUUAACAAAUUCAGACUUCCCCUCCAAUUUUCUGACUGGAGUCACUGUCUCACACCAAUGAAUGGUCUGUGGCACUGAUAAUAUUCUUCUAACAUCUUGUCAAAGUUUACCCUCUUGAAUAAUGAGCCAAAACUGUGUUGGAAGAUAACUCAACAGUUAGGACCUCACAGCUGAGCUGUUCUGUAUCUGGCAUCGAGGCAUAAGACAUAGGAGUGGAAGUAAGGCCAUUUGGCCCAUCAAGUCCACUCUGCCAUUUAAAUCAUGGCUGAUGGGCAACUCCACUUCCCUGCACUCUCCCAGUAGCCCUUGAUUCCUUGUGAGAUCAAGAAUUUGUCGAUCUCUGCCUUGAAGGCAUCUAACAUCCCAUGAGCACUUUCUAUACAUGAGUUAUUGGGUAAUAUUCAAAAAUAUUUCUCCUAGCUGAUACUUGUUAUAGAGCAGGAAAAAAAUGAUGACUCAGACUAAUUGCAAAGCUCCCUGAUUUCCUUUCUGUUGCUUUCAUGAAUAUGAUUAACAUGCUGUCUGAAGUCAGCUAAUUCUGGUUUCCACCGGUUUCAGAAGCCUUUUACACCAUCUGAAAUAUAUUCCAUACAUAGUUGAUAUAGACCAGUUUCAGUAUUGACAACUGAUGGGGUUAAAAUGUGUAUAGAUCCAGGUUAUGUGAUCGUCCUCUCGUCCCCAUCAAAAAAAGGAAAAGAUGUCUGUUCAGAAUGCCAUUAUACUUUAGCAAUUUGCUUUUUAAAUAUGUAUUCGUGGGAUAGAAGCAUGUGACAUUGCAGCAUACCUUGACAAACAAAUUUCAGAUCCAUAUUGCCAGGCUAAACUGGUACUGUUAUAACAAAAUUUUGACAUCCUGAAAAUUUUGCUUUAAUGUAUUGUGUAGCUUCAGGCAGAUUGUGUUCAUGUACAUUUCAGUCUAUUGGUUACAAUGUGCUUGUUUUAAAUGCACCACACGUUGUUUUACUCCUAUGCAAGUUCUCCAAUAUCUGUAAUAAGCCAAUUUAGUCUCAAAUCUGAGGAAUUUAGCAUAUGCAGUAUAUUAUUGGUGUACGCUUAGUAGACAAGAUGUUCGCCUCUUUUCCACAGAUAUUGCCAGAACAUAAGGAAGCCUUACCUUUAUUUAAUCAAAUUGCAUUAAAAUCUUUUAUAAUUUGUAGGGGACACUACGAUAAUUUAAGAAUUUGGGGACAAAAGAAUAACAGCAUAGUGUGCAGUCUUGUAAACAGUUUUAUUGAGAAUGCUGCAACCAGUAUGCCUCAAACAAAACUGUACUUGGGUCAGAAACUGUCACUGCCUUUGUCACUGCUGCCAUGAGUGUUGGACUUGUACCAGAGUACUUCAUACUGGUGUUGUUUGACUCCUGUUGCUUUGGGAAAGGACAAAAAUAGUAAUUAUGAUACUUGGUAUUUUUCAGAGUUUAACUGGACAUAUGAUGGAUAAUAAUGUUCCACUAAAAUGUUGCAAUGACAGUGUUCCAGAUUACAUUUAUGUUCUCCCUCCUGUUCCAGUUAUUUCUUGGCUUCUUUUAUUCAGUGCCAUUUCGCUAGGUGAAAAAGUAAAUAGGAAUCCUGAGCCCAGUUCUCUUAAGUGCUGAUUCAGAGCUGGCUUGAAGCAGUGGGGCCAGGAGUUUGGAAGGUGGGAGUAGGGUAGAGAGAGGACUUAAUUAUCUGCUUAUUUCAUGUAUAAAUGUGGACCACUUCUGAUGGCCAAUAUUGUUGAUAGAAUAGCCAUGAUCGUGAUAAGUGAUUAGUGGUUUCUUUUUAUGUAAAAAAUGCAAUUGAUUAGUUUUACUAAUCAUUUCCCAGCCAAGAUUUUUCUUAAUUUCAAUCAUUUUGAAUAUAUUUCUGUUCAUAAUCAUCUGUGCAAGAAAUAUUUAUACCUAAUGUAGAUUUAUCUAAUUUAUAUUACAGUUGUGACUUGAUAUCUUUUAGUACACAGAUUAGUGACUGGUUCAAUAGUAAUGUUAUGCCUGGAAUAGAACAGAAAUGCUGCUAUAUAACAGAUGUAUCUCUUAAAUACCAUAAUCCCACAAAUACACAAGCCCUGUUAAAAGACCAUAGAAUAAUACAUAUCUAGAAGAGUGUUACAGUUACAAAGCAGAAGUGUCUGAGUCUUGAUUAAUGUUGAGCAUUAAGUCUAGACUACAUUAAGAGGAUUGCAAUAGAAAUUCCUCAUACAGUGUGCUAUAGGGUGUUGAUCAGUUGUGGUUGAUCCAAUGUAUAUUUGUACCCAAUUUUUCUUUUUACUGAUUUCAAGUUGAUGGAAAUUGCUAUACUGACUGACCCAGUGAGAUGUAUGAUGUCUAUUUUGCUAUUAAAGUGGUGUCCUCUUAUUGCAAACCAAUUUGUCGGAAAAGAUAUGUUCAGGAAUGGUUGACUAUAUGAAAAGCUCAGCUGUAAGCCUAUAAUUAUAAUGAGAUCAGUGAGUUGUGUGCACAAUUUAUAUGAAAUCGCAUGGCACUUGAGGCACUUCUGAACUGAUGAAACUGUUCUGUGCAAAGUAGUAAGUGAGAUGCACAGGCUGGAAUUGUAAUUGACUAAUGUCAGAAGUUGAUGGAUAAGUAGGAGUUACUAUACGUGAAAAAUAAUAGUUGUCAAGCAGAAGGUAACAAUCACUUCACCUACAUAUUAAGGCACUAAACCAUUUUUAGAGAGAAAAGGUAUAUAAUGUACAUAUAUUUAAAUGGCUCUGGCUCUAAAGCCUGUAACAUUGCACUGUACCACUCUGUCCUGCCUAUAAAAGUAUUGUUUCAUUCGAAAUGGGAAUAAUCUAGUUAAAAAUACCAAGUCAUGACUGUAUAUAGCAUUUCAAAAAUUUAAUUUUAUUCAAGUUCCAAAAUUAACCUUGUUCUAAGUAUAAAACGAGACUUUUUUUUAAAAAACCCUGGGGAUGGUAAGGAUGCCUAACUUCAAAAAUUUGGUAUGUAGGCAUUUAAUUACUCACAUCGUGCACUUAACAGUUAGAAAAUUAAUCUCAGAUAUAUGGUGCCUUUUUAAAGACAAACUUUUUUUACUUUGUUGUAUAUAAUCAAAAACUAUUGUUAGGAUGUUAAAGCUGGCUUUUUGCUCUUAAGUUAAA